AAAAAACUUUUGCCUUUUCUUGACGAUCCUACUUUUUUCCUUUUUGUUACUUCUUUAGUUUCAUUCAGGAUUGAUUAUUGUAACUUCCUCUACCGUGGUCUUCCUGAUUCUACACUCUAUCCAAUAAGUAAAGCUUUUAAAUCUGCCGCUCAUCUAGUUGCUCGUGCCACUUUCUUUUCUCAUUUAUCUCCAUAUCUUGUUCUUUUGCAAUGGCUACCUAUAAAAAAUUUAGAAUAG